AUGGAGAACUACCAGAAGAUGGAGAAGAUUGGCGAGGGCACGUACGGUGUCGUGUACAAGGCCCGCGACCUUACCACCAAGGACCAGCGCAUCGUCGCUCUGAAAAAGAUCCGUCUUGAGGCCGAAGACGAGGGCGUCCCGAGUACCGCCAUCCGCGAGAUUUCUCUGCUCAAGGAGAUGAACGACCCGAACAUUGUCCGCCUUCUGAACAUUGUCCACGCCGACGGCCACAAGCUCUACCUCGUUUUCGAGUACCUCGACCUCGACCUCAAGAAAUACAUGGAGGCUCUCCCCGUGAGCCAGGGCGGACGUGGCAAGCAGCUGCCCGACUCGAACAUGACGCACCCUGGCAUGGGUCCCGACAUUAUCAAGAAGUUCAUGUACCAAUUGGUCGGCGGCAUCCGCUACUGCCACGCCCACCGUGUUCUCCACCGUGACCUCAAGCCGCAGAACCUAUUGAUCAACCAGGAAGGCAACCUGAAAUUGGCGGAUUUCGGUCUUGCUAGGGCAUUUGGUGUGCCCUUGCGGACCUACACUCACGAGGUCGUUACACUGUGGUACCGUGCUCCGGAGAUUCUCCUCGGUGGUCGCCAGUACUCCACCGGCGUGGACAUGUGGUCGGUUGGCUGCAUCUUCGCAGAGAUGUGCACGCGGAAGCCCCUCUUCCCCGGUGACUCUGAGAUUGAUGAGAUCUUCAAGAUCUUCCGGAUUCUCGGCACCCCCACCGAAGCCGAGUGGCCUGGCGUCACGUCCUUCCCUGACUUCAAGGCUUCGUUCCCCAAGUGGAACCGAACCGAUAUCGCAACCAUCGUCCCCGGUCUCGAUGACAACGGGCUUGACCUCCUCGACGCACUUCUCGUCUACGACCCCGCUGGACGUAUCUCGGCGAAGCAGGCUUGCCUGCACCCAUACUUCACCGAGAGCAACGGCUCGUCGUACCUUCCCGCCGCGAAGAACGGCUAUCACUAG